CCAGCUUCUCCUCCUCCCUGUUAUGCAUCAGGUUGGUGGACACACUACUGCCCACCUUGUUCCAGCGGUGGAGACCCCUCAUUUUGGGUUCUAUCUAUAAGUAAACAGAGGAGGGGAGGGCAACCUGCAUGUUGCACUCUAGCGUCAAAAUGGAACGCAUUGGGGGUGAUGGACGCCGGUAUCGCUAGAUCGUAAAGGCGGAACCCCUUUAAUUCCUGCGGAUUUCAAUCAAUGCAUGCUCCCUCUGUCUUUUUUUUUAGCCGAGGGAAGGAAGGCGUCGCCUAGGGGUGAGGGAUAAAAUUCGACUAGCCGCGGUGCAGUCCGUCCUUUCAGCGUUUUUCACCCCCCGGGCGCCGUUAGCCGGCUAGCAUCGGCUACAGCGCGUCGAUUUGUCGGCUGUUGAAUGCACGCGAUACCGCCACCGUCUUUCAGGAGAUAGAAUUGAUUGCAAAUCGGCAACAACUCGCCCUGUUCACAUUUUUCAGGCAAGUUGACUUAAGCAUUUCUCGGAGGAGCCUUCCCGCCCCUCAACGCGUCUUCCCCCGACUUCCUAUCGAAGAAGACCGGGGACAACUUGGCAGCGAGGCCCCGAGCUACUCUUCCCCUCCCCCCUCCACCUUCCCCGGCCCGGUCUGGUGCGGACAAGACCGCCGCCAAGCGACCCUCCCCCUCGCCCCACGUCCACGCGAGGACCGCAGUUAAAUUUGUUUUUUCGCUGGGGGUGGUUGUGGCGGCAAGAAGGCUGAGAACGCCGAGUGUUUUUCGGGUCCAAGCGGGGCUGGCCAAACACAGCAGAGGGGAUGACUCUGGAGUCCAUGAUGGCUUGUUGCCUGAGCGAGGAGGCGAAGGAGUCGAAGCGAAUCAAUGCCGAAAUUGACAAGCAACUUCGCCGAGACAAGCGAGAUUCCAGGCGGGAGUUGAAAUUACUUCUUCUCGGCACAGGAGAAAGUGGCAAGAGUACUUUCAUCAAGCAGAUGAGGAUCAUCCACGGCGCCGGUUACUCCGAUGAAGACAAGAGAGGCUUCAUCCGACUGGUUUAUCAAAACAUCUUCACCUCCAUGCAGGCUAUGAUCCGGGCCACUGAGAACCUAAAGAUCCCCUACAAAUUUGAACAGAAUCGGUCUAAUGCCAUGCUGGUAAAAGAAGUGGACAUUGAGAAGAUCAACGGCUUUGAUCAACCUUACAUCGCGGCCAUCAAAUGCUUGUGGUCCGACCCGGGGAUCCAGGAGGCCUAUGAUCGUCGCCGAGAGUACCAACUCUCCGAUUCUACGAAAUAUUACCUUAGCGAUUUAGAUCGAGUGACCGCCGACGGCUACGUCCCCACCCAGCAGGAUGUGCUCAGGGUCCGUGUUCCCACCACGGGCAUUAUAGAGUACCCCUUUGAUCUGGAGAAUGUCAUCUUCAGGAUGGUGGACGUGGGUGGUCAGCGGUCAGAAAGGAGGAAGUGGAUCCACUGCUUUGAGAAUGUCACUUCCAUCAUGUUCCUCGUGGCACUGAGCGAGUAUGACCAAGUCCUGGUGGAGUCUGACAACGAGAACCGCAUGGAGGAAAGCAAAGCUUUGUUCAGGACUAUCAUUACCUAUCCAUGGUUUCAAAACUCCUCCGUCAUCCUGUUCCUCAACAAGAAGGACCUGUUAGAGGAGAAGAUUUCCUACUCACACUUGGUUGACUAUUUCCCAGAGUUUGAUGGUCCACAGAGAGAUCCGCAGGCAGCGCGGGAAUUUAUCCUCAAGAUGUUUGUGGACUUAAACCCCGACAGCGACAAGAUCAUCUACUCCCACUUCACGUGCGCCACGGACACUGAGAACAUCCGCUUUGUGUUUGCUGCUGUCAAGGACACCAUCCUACAGCUCAACCUCAAGGAGUACAACCUGGUUUGAGCCCCUCGAAGUCUUUGUUUUCACCCUCCCUAUCUCUUGCUCUCUCUCCCACCUUUUGCACAACCUCCUUUUCCGAGUGCGCUCGACUUUUAACGCAACACACACACUCCUUUUUUGGUCCGGCAAAUUCAAAAUUCCCCUGUAAAACAAACACAGACACAAAAAAACGCCGUCCCUCUCUUUUGCAUUUUCCUGGGCAGCUCAUGUUAAAGAAACAGCUGCUUCGAUGGGUCUGGCACAUUGAAGGGGAGACCAGAAGGGACACCGCCAGGAGCUACAAUGGGAUUUUAUCUCCUUCACAUCGAUGAAUGUACCCACCAGUGUGCAAGAAGUGCAAUUGUGCAAAAAAAAAAAAAAAAGAAACAAGUAAAUUAAUUUAACUCAUUUGCUGCCGUUAAUAGUGAUUGUUAAUGGCACUAAACAUAAUCAUUCAUUGUGUGAAUGUCAAUUAAGUAUAUAUAUAUAACACUGGGGAAAACAAAUUUUGUGAAGUCUGAUGGCUGUUUUAAACCAUUUUUUGAGUGUGGAAUCUGAUCUCAGUUUUUUAAACUAUCGGAAAUGAAAGUAUGGAAAUUACUGUACUUUUACUAAAUUUUGGAAUCUGCAUGUCAAUUUUAGUUUCUUGGCUGCUAAUGACGAACCAAAAUUGCUCUUAAAAUGAACUGUUUUUACAUUGACCACACAGUUACUUUGUUAUAUUACCACUCACCAGUCACCACACUCUAAGGAAACACAUCAACAACUUUCCUACUAUUGUAAAAUCUUUAUUUUUUGAUAAAUUUAUUUACUAGUAACAGUGAAUGGUGAUAGACAUCCAAUCCAAUGGAAAAUGAUCAUUCAAUGCCAGCCAUGCCAGAUUGAAUUAAUUUGCUGUCAAUGGCAGCCGAUGAGUUAAAGUAAAAAUAUAACUCAACCCCCCCUAAUUCUUCCCCAGUUUAACAUCUACAACCAGAGGUGUGCAUCAUAACUAGAUGCAAUGAUUCUAUACGAAGACACAAUUUGAUUUGACUAAUUCGCUGCCAUUGAUGGCCAUAGAUGUCCAAUCCAGUUGGACUGAGAGGGGCUGUCAAGCCUUUUAGCGACCACUCCAGUCAAGUUCAAAUGGAUCGGUUGUCUAUCCCUGACAAUAACAGUGAAUUAGUAAAUGUGCUGUUGUGAAUAUUCAAGGCACUUUGACUAUUUACUUAAAUUAGUGAAUCUUUGGCAUUCCACUAGAGCAUGGGUGUCAAACUCAUUUUUGUUGCGGGCUCACAUACACUAAUCACAUUGAAUGAUACUCCAGAGUCUUUCCGGAUUGGUAAUCCAAAAAAUGCUUGCAAAAACUUCAUGUUUUCAAACAAUUUCAAGUUUUGUUUUUUGAACGAGAAACUUGGAGUCUAUAUUCAUGAUUUGCUUUAGCGAGCCACUUAAAAUAUGAUGCGUCGGGCCUAAUCUGGCUCCCGAGCCUUGAGUUGGACACCAGUGCAUGCAUACCACUAACCCAUAACCACUACCUUGGCUGGCUGGUUUUGACACACCUGCUUAUAUUUAAGAAAUUUAGGACCAACUGAACAUAACAGCUAGCCAAGCCAGCCUGACUUCCGCCAGAAAUAAGAUACAUGGCAAGUAUUUCCGGUCUUCUGUGGUUUAGAUCAGAUUACCACUCGGUCUAAUCUGGACGACAAAUUACCGCACAUGACGUGGGUCUUUGUGAUGCGUCAUGAAAGGGAACGAUGGGAUGGCAAAUCUUUUUUUACAGUCCUGGGAUUUUUGGAAGCAGUUUUUUGUUUUUGGCAGCCCUUUCGUCGAUGAAAACUCAUUUCGUUUAGUUUUAGUUGACGCUUACUCGCAAUGUUUUUUUUCUUUAAAAAGAUUUUAGUGCUAAAUUAAAGGUUUCCAACAGUUUUGAAUGAACAUUGACAGAUGAUAUAUAUUUUAGCAUCUUCAAGGAGAAUAACUUCCUGUUAAUAAUACACACUCAGCCGAAAAACAGCAGCACAUGUCAAAUGAGUGACACAACCCAAACACUGCUAUGAAGCAGGCUGACGUACUACACAUAAAAUAAGUAAAUGUCACGCAUUGUGAACAUAUGACAGAAACUGUCACGUUUUCUUCUGAUCGGAUGAAAAGUAGAGCUGGGAAUCUUUGGGCACCUAACGAUUCGAUUCAGAGGCUCCGAUUCGAUUAUAAAUCGAUUAUUGAUACACCCCGCCCCCCACCCCUACUUUUAAUGUUCAAAAUCAAUGUUCAAAAAUCCUCUCAGGCUAAACCAAACUACUAGUGCAGUAUCAAGUUAACAGUUCAAAAUAGUAAAUAAAAUACUCAAGUCCCCAUUCUGUAUUAGCAGCUUUAAACUACCAUCAAUUAAUUUACUGUUGCGAAUCAACCGUUAAAGUUGUGAAAAUUGCUCCCGUUAUUCCAUAAUUUCCCUUCCGUCUACCUUUGACAUGUCAAAGUUUUUAAACUUUUUCAUCAUUUAAAGAUAAAUUCAAGUCAAUAUUUUGCCGAUUUAGGAGUAUUUUAGAUAAAUUGUACAUUAGGUUUGCUGCAACAAAGCCUUCUAGACAUGAGUACUGCUUUAAGAUGGCGGCUGUUUACUAACGCCGGCCGAGUCUGUCAUUUCGCAUCUAGUUCCACAUAUAUGUGAUAUCUACUUUAGCCGUAUGUUUGUAGCAACUAACAACUGGGCGUUGUUUGUAGCGACUGUCGGACGCAGUCAGGUACGACUGUUUUGAACAUGAUAUUUACUCUCGGUCCGUUCCUCAUUGCACCCCGAAGACGGCGCCGACUGUGUUUUUGUUUCGCUUUACCUGGAAUAAUUCAAUAAUCGGAAUUUGGAUGUUUGUGAAUCGUUCUCGAAUCUCCCACGGCCGAAUCGUGAAUAAUCAAAGAAUCGGAAAUUUUGCACGCCUCUAUUGAAAAGUGUGUUUGUCUCCCAAGACACGUUUUUACCAUGUCAUUGUCAUGAAAAAAUUGUUCGUCGACAAAAUAUUUUCGUUAUCGUUGACGAAAACCACAAUGUUCGGAAGGUGUUGUGAGUUCUCGUCUUUUACUGUAUAUCCGACAAAGAUGCUGCCAUAGUGAACACGAUGACCCUUUUUUUUUUCAGCGCUCUGGCUUGAUGGCAGAUAGUCAAAGGCAGACCUAACUCGGCAAGUCAUUCGAACUGACUUUUAGUAUUUGUUCUCUUUUCAAAAACAAGUACUGUACACGAAAAUACACUACUGUUUGUACUCUUAGAUUUCUCACACGGCAGUUACCGUUCAUUGUUUGUAAACUACAUAUUGACUAUUGCGUUUGCGUCCAAUAAUCCAUGCUUCUGUGAUUGCUUCUUUCAGAUUCAUUUCGUGCCCGUUAGCUUCACCUCUAGCAUCUAUUUUGAAAUCCAGCUCAAACCACAGAAGAUUAAACUUUACAUGCCAUGUACCUUGUACAUGAUGAAAUUCAGGCUGGUUUGUCAAGUUAUUAGAGAGCCAAGAAAUAGAUCCAAAUUUGGUUGAGUGCUGAUAUUAUAUAUUUGAUUUUAUUCAUUUUGAAGUUGAAUGCAUCGCUUUCUUCCUCCCGGGAUUCACAGAGACAAUCAUGUGACUGUCUUUUUCUUUCCUCCCGUCCCCCAACCACCAACCAGGAGUGUCACUCAAUUUCCUCCCCAACUGUAACCUCAUGCCACGCUGCCCAAUCAGACGCUUCCUAACGCAGUCACUUACUCAUUAUUAUAUAUCAGGAUGUGCUUCUGUUUACUUUGUUUUUUACUGUAAAGUCACUUUGUUUUGAAAUGAGACAAAAAAGAAUGAUGGUUUGCUGUUUUUGAGUGGAUCGGGGAAAAGAGACUGAGUGACAAACCUUGCUUGACGUUUGCAAAUUAGUAUUGUUUGUGUAUAUUUGUUUGUAAAUACAUAUACACAACAGCAGUGUACAAUAAUGCUCUGUGGUACACCGUUUUUUGGCAUCACAACAACAGCGAUUACAAAAAACAAGUUAGCCUCUUCGGUUAGUCUAGUUUAUUUCCUUCUAUGAAUAGUAUUGAUACUGUGAUAAUGGAUUUUGUUAAUUAUAAAAGCAGACACCACAGAGCCAAGUGGUCAAUUAGCAGUUUAUAUAAUAUGGUGACGAUUUUAAGAAUUUUUUUAUUUAUCUAAUUUAUGGACCAGAUUUGAAGGUGUUGAUAAUUUUAAUUUCUUUAUUUUCUCAGUGUUUAAAAAGGCUCUCUUUGUAUUUCCUCACAACUGAGCCCUACUUGAGUCUGAACUGCUGUAAAACAAACAAACAAAAAACAAACAAAAAAAACUAAGAAGAAAAAAACCACGAAUGUCUGGUAUCGUAAGGACUUAUUUCUGUCUUUUCUAUUUGAAGACUAUUUCCGUUUGUCUCAAUCCACUGUUUUCUUUAAAGGGCAAGACAACACGGCAAUGACAUUCACGCUAAUGUCACUCGAAGUAUUCAAGUAUGAAAUCGUUAAUCUGAUAAUACAGAAAAUAAUGUUUCAACAAAAAUUGACACCGCCUACUGGCCCAGCCAUUUUUUCGGUGAUAGACUCGAACUCGAGGUACAAUGGGUAUUAUUGACAUCAUGAGGAAGGGCAGGCAAUUUGGGAUACUUACAUUUGAUUGGCUAAAAUAGUCCAACAGUGACAAAAUUUCUGCCCCCAUGUUAGGUGCCCACUUUCUAGAAAAAGUUACUUUUAUGUGCGUUUUUCUCUGCUUUUCCACAUCAGAAAAAUGAAGUUCUGUAUUUUUUCAAUUUGUUAAAUGGGAUUUUUUCCCGCUGGGAUGCACAUAAUAAAGUUGUCUUUCCCUUUAGGGAGACCUUAUCUUUGUUUUAGUUUUGACAAGAAAACAACACUAUAUUUCCUCUAGGUUAUAUUUACAUAUAAAGACAGCGCUGUAACGCUUUACCUACCUAGAAAAUGUACAUAACAUACAUUAGUGUUAUGAGUUUUUGACUGUACUUUUUUUCUUUUUGCGUUGUUUCAGGCUUGCUUUGUAUGAGUGCCAGUGAAGUAACGAACUAUUUCAGUCUUCUUCAGGUGAUUUAAUAAUCCCUCAUCCUCAUUAAGGGCUAUCACAGUGGGUUUGGGGGGUGGGCUUACAUGGAUGAUUAGUUUGACUCCAGAGAGAAUGUUCAUGCAAUCCCAAAAAGAAUCCCAAUCGAAAUGAGAAACCUUUAGUCUUCUGAAGUGACUACAACCUCAUGCAGUCUAUUAAAAACACUACAGCCACAUGAAGUAUUUGCAUGUAAGCUAAUUGCCAAGCAGCUCUGUUAGGCUAUUACAUUAAAAACAUGUCAGUUAAACACAACUGUAAAGUAUUUUUUUGUGAUCCCAAUAUUCAAGUCAUUGCUUCUUUUUGUGUGUAAAGUUCUCCUGGUAAUUUGUUUUAUCUUAAGCUUGCUAUUGUUGAGCGACUUAUUUUAGCUCCUUUUUGUUUUUCCCACCGAAGGACUUGAAUGCAUCGUCGUAACCAUAGAAUUUACUGGUCUGUUGUCACUUUAUGAUGCAAUUUGUAAUGGUUAUAUUGAGAAAAAUGAUAGAAAUCGUUUAUUUCAACCACAUGGAACCAAAGGCUGCUGCACAGGUUGAAAACUAAUUGAAAACGGUUUCUGUUGAACUCAUUAACUGCCAGUGACGGAAAUGGAUCCAUUUGGACUGGGAUUGUUCGAUCGCUGCUAGCCCCUCCCAGUUCAAAUGGAUUUGGUAUCUAUCACCGGCAAUUAAAUAUGAUUUACUGAGAGAGGGUUUAAAAAAGGCUAAAAAAAAAUUGCUCUGCAGGCCAAUAUUUUAAAGUUUUUUUUGUUUUUUUGUUU